AUGGCAGCACUAGAAAGGUGCUCGUUUUUAUGGCUCUUUUUAUCGAUAAUAUUUAACAGUGAAGAAUCCAGGGCGCCACAAGAUGUAAAAUUCAUAUCCCAGAACUUCCAUAAUGUUCUUCACUGGAAACCAGGAAAUGGCAUCGAAAACACCACUCUGUUCUUUGUGCAACACCAAAGUGUAAUUUCAGAUGGUUUCAAGGGAAUAAUGAAAGAUGAUUUUUUUUUAAAUUCCAGGUUUGGACAUGAGUGGGCAAACAAAACGGAAUGUUGGGGCAUCAGAGUGACUUGCUGCGACCUCACACGCGAGACUAUUCUACUUCCUGAAUUAUUUUUUGCGAGAGUGAGAGCAUUUUCAUUCAACAAAUUUUCAAACUGGACAAUGAUUGAACCAUUUUGUCCAAUGACAGACAGUAAGUGUAUUUCUCCAAAAUGUAAAGAUGUACAUAAUCGAGCAUUUUGUACCAUCCUAUUUGUUGUUGUAACCCGCUAUAACAUGUGA